AUGACACAUACCGGCUUGCUUCCGUUGUGUCCCACAGCUGUGUUUGGUUUUAAAGAGAGGAUCUCAGUGAACGAGGGAGAGUCGAUCACUCUUAAUUCUGGUCUCACUGAAAUACAGACAGAUAAUGACAUAGUGUGGACGUUUGGAAAUUACAGGUCUGCCAUAGCUAUAAUCAACAGAGUGACCAAAAGUAUACUUGAUAAUCCUGAUGUGAGAUUCAGAGACAGACUGAAGCUGGAUCAUCAGACUGGAUCUCUGACCAUCACAGAAAGCAGAAUAUUAGACUCUGGACUUUAUGAAGAGACCGUCACCAACAGCAGCGAUUUAGAGAUUAAAUACAAUUCGAUGUUCGAUGUUUCUGUCUACGAAAGUUUUGUUGAGACCGAUACAAAGAAGUCAGCGAUGGAGGGAGAUUCGGUCACUCUACACAGUGGUCGUACUUAUCUGAAUGAUGACUGGAUUCAGUGGUGGUUUAUAAAUAAAGACAAUUUAAUAGCUGAAAUCAAUAUACCAGAGAGCAGAUUCUCUGUGUAUGAUGAUGUUCUUGAUGGGAGAUUCAGAGACAGACUGAAGAAGUUAACAUCUUCGUAUCAGUUUACAGUGAAUCCAGUGAACUCCAUCUCUGCUUUGGAUUAUGUUAUGACACCAGUGUUCGUGAUGGAGGGAGAUUCAGUCACUCUAAACUCUGGUCUUAUUGAAAUAAUGGAUGAUGGUCUGAUUCUGUGGGUUUGUUUAGAUAAAUUCACUUUAAAUGCUGAAAUAAAUAAACCGGCCGACAGAAUCACUGUAUAUGAUGAUGUUCUUGAUGGGAGAUUCAGAGACAGACUGAAGGUGGACAAACAAACUGGAUCUCUGACCAUCACAAACACCACAACUGAAGAUACUGGACUUUGUCGACUACACAUCAACUGUAUAAUGAAGAUUUUCUUUCUCACUGUCUAUGCUGUGUUUGGUGAUGAAAGGAAGUCAGUGUCAGUGAAGGAGGGAGAUUCAGUCACUCUGAACUCUGGUCUUACUGAAAUAAGAGAAGAUGAUGCAACAGACUGAAGCUGGAUCAUGAAACUGGAUCUCUGACCAUCACAGACAUCAAAAUGAAACAUACUGGACUUUAUAAACUUCAGAUCAACAGCGUGGUCAAGAGUUUCAUUCUCACUGUCAAAGGUGGUAAAUAUGUGUUUCAUCUGUUUGAUUUUUUAUUAGAGUCGAUAUCCUCGGUCUGCCACAUUGAGCAGUUGUGCUUGUCUUCCUUUCUG